ACACCUUCUCCGUAGUUUCUAUCACGUGACUAGUAUGUACAUGUUUACAAUCUUCUUCCGUCUGAAUAUAGAGCCCCUCUCACAGAAGAAAAACCCCGCCACUCUUCCGCUUUGAAUACCACCCGAAUAUUCACUUUUCAAUUAUCCCGUCGGCAGUAAAGAGUCUUGGGCCUCAACGAUCACUGCCACGUGUUGGAUUUAUGAUAGUCCGUCGUAUCGGAGCGUUAAUCCUCCGGCGUAUUUCCCAACUUCCCCUUCCAGAUCGUACCUUAUUCCAUUCAUCCGCAGCUUCAAAUCGCAGGUUCUCAAACCAUUUCGUCGACGAUGACGAAGGAGGUAGCGCGAUUUACCGGCUUGCGCUUAAAUUCCAGCGGCCGACGACUGUGGAAGUGGAGCCUUCAUCGCGGAACCGCAUCAGCUUAAUAGGAACAGUGGACGAGCCUCUCAAAGUUAUGAAUACCAGGAGCGAUAACUUUGGGGUUCAGACUCGCCUCAAUGUCAAAAACCCCUAUGAUUCUGAUUGCAGAUUCAAGAUUAGACUGAAGAUGUGGAUGAAGAUGGGGAAAAUUUGUAUGGAACAUGUUAAGCCUGGGGAUUUUAUUUAUGUUUCAGGGGUUUUGGGGUCUUUCUCUGUCGCUACUCUAGAUAAGCAACUCAUAAUCUAUUACCAGGUAACUGUGACAGAGUUGAGUUUUGUUACUCACCACGGUGAAAGAUCGACCACCCGAGAAUGCAAGGAAUUAGAAUCAGAACAAGAUGUAGGUGAAGCUAGUAUGGGGAGUUAUGAUAGCCAACUCUACUUGUGGCAAGUAUUUUUUACCAACCCGUUUGAAUGGUGGGACAAUAGGAAAAGUAAGAAAAACCCUCGACAGCCAGAUUUCAAGCACAAAGAUACUGGUGAAGCUCUCUGGCUGAAUCCCAACGAUCCUCCUUGGAUUAAAAAGCAACUCCAGCUGCUUGAUUCAAAAUUGGCAGAAGGUUUAGGUGACCGAGAAAGUCGCCGUUAUAGUGUAUCUGAAUGGGUGUAUGAUGAGUAGGACAAAUGUGCAGGAUUCCAAGAGGAGGGCAUGUAUUAGUAUUGGGGGUUCACUAGCAUCAUCCAAAUGGAAAGAAAGAUUUUUAACUUGAGCCAUAAUAUGAAGGACAAUAACAAACUGGAAACAACAAUGUUACUACUGGGAAAUUUACGGUAAUUGUAGUGCUAUGGUUAUGUGGCUAACUAGGGAUCGUGGUAAUUAUUGAAUUGUACAACACCGUAGAAGUAUUGUUUACUAGUUUUCUUGAGUUGGAACGUUUUGAGUGGAAAGUACUAAUUGAUUUUACAACAUAACUAAACUUUUGUAAGACAUAUACAUGUUUAAACGUGAAGAAACUUGCUCCAUUCAUUAA